AUGGGGGAUGAAGAGGAAGAGGAGGAGGAGGCGCAUGAUACAGAAGUCCAGCAGCAUUCCUCCCAGCCAAGGAAGGGGAGUGAAUACCGGCGCAGAGCACCGGUAUCAUUGCGGAACUCGCCGUUUUCCACCGCAAUUCUGCAAGAGCCCAUGGAGAAGCUUAAAAUGCCGACAUGCAAGUAUGACGGCAAGACUGAUCCGGAGGAUCACAUAUCGGCCUAUGAAGGACAUAUGCUUCUAUACACCGAUACCGACUCAGUAUGGUGUAAGGUGUUUCCCUCUACCUUGGUUGGACUAGGACAAACAUGGUUCAAGAGUAUUCCACCGGCAACCGUCUUCGACUUCCGCCAACUCACGUCUAUGUUUGUAACUCACUUCGUAAGUAACAAGCGACGCGAGGAGACAACCGGCGAGUUGAUGUCCAUCAAACAAGGUGAGACGGAAAGUUUGAGGGACUAUAUGGGACGUUUCAAUGCUGAAGCCGUCACCAUUCCUACACUACAGCAAGAGGUAGUGGUCCUAGCCCUCAUGACGGGGUUGAGAGAAGGGACUCCAUUUCGAAGUUAUCUUGGCCGGAAGAAAAUGACGUGUUUAACGGAGGUCUUGGGAAAGGCAAAUGACUUCAUAAGAGGAGAGGAAUUUGACAAAGCAGCUAAUACUAAAAGGCCGACAGCAGUAGAAAAAGAUAAGGAGAAAGAUAAGGAUAAGGAGCGCCGGGACGACAAGUACCGGAAGGAUAAAAAGUCCGAUACCACUGGCAAAAGAGAGGAAAACAAUUCCGUAAAAAAAGGGUUUGAGGGCCAACCGGACAAAUAUCAUCACUAUACCCCGCUAACGACAUCUCGGGCUCGGAUCUUCGAAUUGCCCAGUAAAGACGAUAAGUGGCAAAGACCUAGAAAAAUGUAUUACAACGGCCGAGAUAAGUCUAAGUGGUGUGAAUUCCAUGAUGAUUAUGGCCAUAAAACGGACGACUGCAAGGACCUUAAGGACGGGAUCGAAGACCUCAUCAGGAGAGGUUAUUUUACCCAGUAA